AUGCGGUGGAGUUCCUGGAGCAGCUUCGCCCUGGCCCUAGCGGUUGGCCUUUCAUUGUCAGCUCCCGUGGAAGACAUAGCGCGAUCAAAUGUUGACACCAUCACUGCGGCCGAAAAAAGAGCAGUGGCAGAAUCGACUGCCUUGACUGCUGAUAUCAGACCUACACAGGCUCCAGUAGCUUCUUCCACGAUAGUUUCCGUCUCAUCAACAACGGAUGCAGUCACUGAAACGCCAGCAACAACAGCGGCUGAGACUUUCGCAAAUUUGACAAACUCGACCACCUCCAGGACAGAUCACUCCGCCGCUGUCGCAACGUCAAUCCCGUCCUUGGAGGGCUCAACACCCUCGAACAGUGGCGGUCAAACGGCAACAAAGCCUGCGUUCGCUGGUGGCUUGCCUAUUCAGCCACAGAUCACACCAGCUUGGGGUGUUGGCGGAAUACUACUUCUCCUUCUCGGGGCUGCACAGGCGUUCAUCGGGAUCCGCAAGAAACUGACCCAUAUUUUCUUACCCACAAGCUUCAGCGCGGCCUUGGGUGUCACGGUGUUGAUCGUGUAUGUCAUGAACCCUCCAGUAAGCAAUGCCGUGCAGGGUGGCUACCUGGUCGCAGUAUUCUUUACGGGGGCUGUCUUUGGAGGACUUGCCCUUAUCUUUAAAGAAAUCACAGAGGGCCUUGGAUGUCUGCUAGGUGGUUUUUGCAUCGGAAUGUGGCUCUUAACUGUCAAAUCGGGUGGUCUUCUGACCGAUGGUGGCCAGAUCACGGGCUUCCUGGUUGCAUUCACGGUGGGAUUUUGGUCUUUAUCCUUCAGCCAUUACACCCGCUUUCAUGGAUCCAUGGUUUGCACUGCUUUCUCGGGGGCGACUGCGAUCGCUCUGGGCAUCGACUGCUACAGCCGGGCCGGUCUGAAAGAGUUCUGGGCCUACAUCUGGGGCCUGAAUAUGGACAUGUUUCCCUUGAAUACGGAUACUUACCCAGUUACCCGCAGUAUUCGCGUUGAGCUGGCUAUCACCGUGAUUGUAACUGUAUUCGGUGUCAUCGCCCAAUUACGGCUAUGGAAAGUCAUAAAAGCACGCCGUACCAAGGAAGCAACAUCUCGGAAAGAGGCCGAGAUUAAAAGUGCGGAGACAGACGCAGAAGUUGGUCGCCAACUGGAAGAAAAGAAUCUUCAAGAGCGAGCCGAGUGGGAGAACACUUACGCUGGUGAUUCCGCUCACAAAGCGCCUUCUAUGACGGAGACAGAGCUGAUGCGUCACUCUGAGACGAUCUUAGAUGAACGCAUGUCUUCGAAAGUUGGAGGCGAAAACGGCAACGUGGUGGAGAUGAAAGAGUUCCCUCACUCACAGCAAGAUAAAGUGUCUCGGAUUGACCAAGAGACAGGAUCAGAGAUUGCCGAGGGGCACGAAAGGAAGGCAUUGGGUGCAAACGGCCAAGGGAUAAUAGCAACCUCUCUUUCCAAUGACGGGCGACCAGCAUCAAGCCCAGCUGUUGUAUACUCUGCGCCUAACCUCCACAGAGACGACAGCUCGGAGCAUGGCGCCGUGGUUGGCUCUGAGCCAGGAACUCCUCGUUCUAGGCACCGCUCAGGAAUUUCACUCAUGAAGCGACUUUCAGUUCGAAGCGCCAGAAACGUCGCACCAAGUGUCAACAUCAAGGCAGAAUCCCAAUCCAGGGAGGCACUCAUCACUCAAGAUGACUCUUCGUCGCUCUGUGCAAUUGCCGACGAUGUAUCCUCCAUUGGUGAAAUUCAAACCGACGAGCUCAUCGCCGAAGAAAAACGACAAGAGCCUCUGAAAGAACUCAAAAAUGAGGCAGCACCAAAGGCAAUACUCGGCGAGGCGACGAAUUCUGAUAUCAAUACUCAGGCAUAUCGGGCUGACCCGGCCUCGUCGCGCGAAAUGGCGGUUGAACCAGCUGACACAAGUGCCGUACAGCCAGCUCAGAGCGGGAUGAACUUUCAAAUUCAUGAAGAUGGUGACUCUGAUGACAAAGAGAACAUUCAAGUCGACAGAGCUCAGCAAGAGAACCAAGUGGCCAAGCCCGAGAAUAUUGUGUUGACGAUUCAGUCAAGUUCCAAAGCAGAACCAGCCGUUUCUCCCCAGUCUCAAGGGCAGCCCGAAGAGACAAGUGGCCCCGAACAGGAUGAGAAUUUGGCGCCGUUGGAAGCUACAAAAGAGGUCCCCAAGUCGAGUGAUCCAGAGCAAGAGUUUAAGUCGGGAACUCUGAAGAAAACUGAAAGUGUCAGGCUUGAUGCUUCCACGAUCAAAGCAAUUCCCGAGCAAACCUCGUCUAUUGUUAACUCAUUCCGGACAAAUGAAUGGGCAAAACACUUAGCUGAUGCAGAAACUCCCGAAAUCCCAGAGAUCAAAACCAUGCGAUCAGAUCAGGAUGAGCCCGAGCAGUCGACAGAAGUAACAGAGAUUCCAGCCCCGGUCAACGUUGAAGGACUACUCCAGACACCGCUCAACGCUGUGCCUGCGCCACUUCGCAGCAGCUUCAGGCCAGAAACAAGUCUCGAUUUAUCUCAUCUCCCUCCGCAUGGGAUCUCCGGCCUCCGAUCCUCGGGGGCCUCAAAGCUGAAAGCACGAGAUAGCGUGGGUAGCGCGAAUGGUGCCAGAUCAUCUUUGUCCAUGAGUAGGAACUUAUCCUCUCCCUCCAUCAGCCCACUGCAGGAAGCUCUCGACCAGUUCGCUUCACCUCAAAAUUCUUCGACUCCGUUCCUGCCCAAGAAUCAUUCCAGUAGCACACUUGCUGCAUCUACCUCGCCACGUUGGAGUGGACCGCCACCACUUCUUGCUGUUCGUGAAAACAUGGUCAAAAACCGCGUAUCCUCGACAUCUCUCCGCUAUGACCCGUACGGCUCAAGAAAUCAGUCUCGCCUAUCGGUCGUUGACCCAUCUCUCAUUGCCUCAACACCCUUGUCCAUUCCAGAGGAGAACGUUGAUCAAAACCACAUAGACCCCGCUGAAGACGCCGAUGAGAUUCCGCUGUCCAAGCGUCGAGCUGUCUUGCAGCGACAAACUCAGCGAUCUGCAUCGGCAACUAGCCCCAAGAUCACUGAGCCAGAGAAAUCUUCUCGUCAACCCUCGGUGGAAUCUGGCCGCCCUGCCGCUGUUAUGGCCGCUUGGCGUCAAUCCGUGCGUGAUGAUCUCUCCCAAAGGCGUGACUCAUAUUCGAUUCCAUCUUCGCCCCCAACUCCGGCAUAUCCGGAACGACCGCGGGCGUCUUGGGGCUCUGGACAACAGUCUCAGGAGAAAUUAGCCGAACAGAUCGACAAGACUAUCGCCGAUCGAAUGCAGCGCGGCAGCAUGACCGACUUGCACCGUCAAGCAAUGCGCCGGAUGCAAGCUUCUGCGAAUCGCAAACUAUAG